UUGAUUGCCCUGACAUGGAGAAGAUCCUCAACGGUGAAAAGUCCGGUAGCUUUCCGAGAUUCGGAAGACGUCGGACCAAAUUCGAAUUGGAGACAUCGAGUUUCAAGUUGGAGAAUGUUAAGCCAAAGGAACCUGAUGACAAUCAUGUUACGGGGUCCGAUGAGAUAAUGUUGGAACAUGGGUUGAAUCAUGACCAGAUACUGGAACAGGUUGAUCGAUUCAUCGAAAGCUUAGUUUCGGCUCGAGAUAAGUCGAUAUCCCCUGAAAUUCCAGUUAUCAUUGAGCCGUUUAUGAAGACGAUGGAUUCCAGGAUCACGACGUACGAAAGGAGGGAAGCCUCGGCUAAGUUUGGCCAUAACCAGGAUGAAGAUUCAUCGUUUUUUGAGGCCGUAACCCAACUUUCGAAGAUGGUGCAUUGUCUCGAUGAGUUCACAAUGGAUUCUGUGGCCAGCGGUUGUUCUAAUCGAGCGGGAUCGGUAUUACAACGUGCGAUGUCGAUGUUGGAAACCGAGUUCCAGGCUCUUCUGGACAUUUGGAAACGCAGCUGCCAUGUGACUAUCAUGGAUUCCAAAACUCCGAAGACUCCAAAGCAAUCCGUCUUCAACUCCAAUCAACCUGAAAUCGAGACCGAGUUCCCGUAUUUUCCGCCCGGAUCGAAGGUCGUUAUGAAAGAAGUGGCCACUGUGAUGAUCUUUGCAGGGCAUGACUCCAAAUGCUGCGUCGCGUACAUGGCUCUUAGGCUGAACGCAUUGCACGCUGAGUUCAGCAAGCAAGGGUACGAAAACAUCAGCAUGGAGGACUUUCAAAGGAUGGAAUGGGCAACACAGGAAGGCGGGAUCGAUAAUUGGGUUCGUAUCGUCAAAUAUUGCAUGACGAAUCUCUUCUCUUUCGAACGCAAGCUUUGCGAGUCGAUAUUCGAACACGCUCCGAUUGCUCAGAGGUUGUUCUGCGAUCUGGCUACAUCCUUGACCAUCAAGCUUCUUAAUUUCCCAAAUGCUCUGCUUUUGAUCAAACAGUACUCCACGGAGAAACUAUUCAAGUUCCUAGACAUAUACGAGACAUUGUGCGAUUUGAUUUCUGUUAUCGGUAAUGACUUAUCCGCAAAGGACUUGAUACCCGAGACGCAAUGCAGGAUCGGCGAAGCGGCCGUGAGCAUUUUCCGCGAGCUCGAGGAUUCAAUCAAGAAUGAUAACGGGAAAAUCCCGGUGGCGAAUGGUGCGGUCCACCCCCUAACUCGAUACACCAUGAAUUAUCUAAAAUACGCUUGCGAGUACAAGGACACACUAGAGAAAAUCUAUCGGCAACACAACGAGACUGAAGGACCGACCAAGCAAGAGCCUAAGAAUGCAACUGAGGACAACGGUGAGAGCACCAACACAACCCAUUUCGCAAAAGAGUUGAUGUUGGUGAUGGACUUGUUAGACACCAACAUCAACAUGAAAUCGAAGUUGUAUCGCGACCCGUCGUUGCGUUACAUCUUCCUGAUGAACAACGGGAGGUACAUGUUGCAGAAAAUCAAGAGCUCGAACGACAUCUACGAAGUGAUGGGCGACGAAUGGUUGCGGAAACAAUCAUCGGACUUAAGGCAGUACCAUAAGAACUACCAAAGGGAGACAUGGGGCAAGGUGUUGCAAUGCAUGAGCCAUGAGGGCCUGCAAGUGAACGGCAAGGUGUCCAAGUCAACAUUGAAAGAAAGGUUCAAGAGCUUCAACGCCAUGUUCGACGAAAUCCAUAAGACGCAGACCGCUUGGACGGUUAGCGACGAACAGCUUAAAUCGGAGCUUCGAGUGUCGAUAUCAGCAGUCGUGAUCCCGGCAUACAGGGCCUUCUUGGGAAGGUUCAGUUCACAUUUUAAUAAAGGUAAACAGCAAGAGAAGUACAUGAAAUAUCAACCUGAAGAUAUCGAGGGGUUGAUUGAUGAACUAUUUGAGGGAACUGUGGCAUCAAUUGGGAGGAGGAGGCAUGCAUUUAAUGUUGUAAAAAAUUGA